AUGUUACCCAUGGAGAUCCAGGACCUGCAGCAGUGGCUGGAGAACACAGACCUGAGACUGUCCUCCACAAAGACCGUUUGGGGCAUGCCUGACUUCCGCCCACGAGAGGCUCAACGCACACCUGGUAACCCCAACUCAAACCUGGAGCUCUGUAAUGAGAUGGAGUCAAAGUUCCACUCCUACACAGACCUGAGGAACGCCAUCCACAGGAUGCUGGGAGAACAGCGAGGUGUCUCGGGGCUCCAGUACCGAGCACAGACUCUGCAUCCCUGGAGCAGAAAUGGACCACCGUGUACAGCAAAGUACAGGAGCGCAAGGCCAGCUGGCGAGGGUCUGAGCCUGGCUAAGGAGUUCCACAGCACGGUGCAGGACCUGCUGACCAAGAUGACCCGCUGUGAGGACAGCAUCGGGGGACUGCCCACCCCGAGCUACGUCCUGGACACAGUCUGCUCCGAGCUCCAGGACCACAGGACCCUGGUGAGUGAGGUGAAUGCUUACGGAGAGAAGAAGGCAGCGGUGGAGAACGCUGGGUCCAGGCUGGCCGCGCUCAGCAGGAGGGAGGACUGCGACGUGGUCCACAACCUCAUCAUGACCGUGCAGGACCGCUACCGCAAGCUGCACCAGCGUGCCACGGAGAGGGGCCGCGUUCUGGAGGAGGUCAGGAAGAACGCCAAACAGUUCAGUGAGUCAUGGCGCCUCCUGGUGGACUGGAUGACUGAGGUGGAACAGACUCUGGACACUCACAAGGAGAUUGCCGUGUCUCACGAGGAGAUCAAACUGCAGCUGUCUGAGCAGAAGGAGUUCCAGAAGCUUCUGCGCUCCAAGCGUCCCAUGUACGAAGCCACGCUGAAGAGUGGGCGGAGCCUGCAUGAGCGCGCUCAGAGUGUGGAGGACUGCCAGCACCUGGAGAACCUCCUGGCUGAGCUACGAGACUCCUGGGAUACCAUCGCCGCCAAGUCCACAGAGAGGCAGCACAAGCUGGAGGAGGCUCUGCUCUUCUCAGGGAGGUUCACUGACGCUCUGCAGGCUCUGAAUGACUGGCUCUACCGAGCCGAACCCCAGCUGGACGAGGAUGUACCUGUUGGGGGGGACAAGGACCUGGUCAACAACCUCAUAGACAAACACAAGGUGUUCCAGAAGGAGCUGGGGAAGAGGGCGGGGUGCAUUAGGACCCUGAAGCGCUCAGUCAGGGACCUGACCAGGAGCAGCACAGCAGAUGCUCAUUGGCUGCAGGAGCAGAUGGAGGAGCUGGAGGUCCGGUGGGAGGCCGUGUGUAAGCUGUCGAUCUCCAGGCAGGCCAGGCUGGAGGCAGCCCUGCAACAGGCUGAGACAUUUGACGGCGUGGUCCACUCCUUCAUGGAGCGCCUGGCGGACACAGAGAGGGUGCUGAAGUGCGGGGUCAUUCCCGAGGGAGAGGAUGCUCUGCUGGCCUUCAGCAAACAACACGAGGAGUCUGUGUUGGACCUGCGCUCUCAGGAGGUGGACCUGGACAACAUCCAGGUUCUGGGAGAGCAGAUCCUCACCUGCUGCCACCCAGACUCCAUCAUCACCCUCAAGUCUUGGAUCAGCGUCACCAAGACUCGCUACGAAGAGGUGCAGUCUUGGGCCCAGCAGCAGGGCCAGAGGAUCCAGGCUGGCCUGGCUGCUCUGCAGGCCGAGAGGGAGGAGGUGCAGCGACUCCUGGAUUGGAUCUCUUCUGCAGAGGAGGCCCUCCUUCUCAGGGAGCAGGAGCCUCCUGCCGAGACGCUGGAGAUCAAUAUGGAGCUCAUCGCUCAGCACCUGAUCUUCACGGAAGAGAUGCACAGGAAAUUGCCGGAGGUUGAAAACGCCACUAAGUCCUGCAAACAGAAGUUGGUCCCCAAACAGCAGGGUUCCCCCAGCCGCAAACCACUGACAAAGAGGAGAAGCACCCUGAAGAUGCAGCCUACCCCCCCUCUUCCCCUGGAGCACCUGGACCCACAGACCCCCCUGCUGAGCCAGCUGGUCGGUCAGUGGCAGAAGCUGUGGCUUCUAGCUCAGAGCAGACAGAGCCACCUGGAUCAGCACCAGCAGAGACUCAGAGAGAUGGAGGAGUUUGCCAAUUUUGACUUCAAUAUGUGGCGCAAACGCUACAUGCAGUGGAUCAGCCACCUGAAGUCUCGCAUCCUAGACGUCUUCCGGACAAUUGACAGGGACCAGGACGGACGAAUCAGCCUGAAGGAGUUUAUCGACAAUGUCCUGGCCUCCAAAUUCCCCACCAACUCACUGGAAAUGAACGCUGUGGCAAACAUCUUCGACAUAAAUGGGGACGGCUUCAUUGACUACUAUGAGUUUGUUAGCGCCCUCCACCCCAGCAGGGACCCUUACAGGAGGACCCUAGAUGCAGACCAGAUAAACGAGGAGUUGAGUCGGCAGGUGUCUCAGUGUAACUGUCCCAAGAGGUUCCAGGUGGAGCAAAUCAGUGCCAAUCGCUACAGGUUUGGAGACUCCCAGCAACUUAGGAUGGUGCGCAUACUGCGUAGCACUCUGAUGGUGAGGGUGGGAGGAGGUUGGACAGCUCUGGACGAGUUCCUGGUUAAAAAUGAUCCCUGUAGAGUGAAGGGUCGCACAAACCUGAAGAUCAAGCAGAAGUAUUUGUCCCCGGACUCGUUCGACCGCGCUCGGAGAGGAAGCUCCUCCAAAGGCCUGGCCGUCAGCAGAUCCAACUCCAGCCUCAGUCUGUACAGCAGUGCCUCCGCACCCAGCAGCCCUCUCACACGCAAGGCACUGCUACGAAGAAGUUUCUCAGGUGACCGCUGCAUCCGCCCCAGGAGUUCCAUUGCAGCCCUGGGAUCAGACCUGCAGUUCUCCAGUGUAGGAGACGAUGACUCUCUCUCUCCAUCAGAAGAAGCUGAGAAACUGCCCUCAUGAUCCAACGCUGCCUGCUAGCACCAUGCUAAUGCAGUCAAGAGCCUCCGUUAGCAUCCAGGGGCCCAACAACAACCAUGGACACAUGCAGAGAAAGAGAAGGGGCGGCCAAUUGCAAAGUCUCACUUCCGAAUUCUACAGGAUAUUCAGAGAUGAUACUGGAGAUGUUAGGUCACCUAUGUUUCUCCAUCUGGUAUUUUCCUGGUCUGUGGUCUGUGGAGGUUGAACCACCUCCUGAGCAGAUCCCUUCCUCUUUCUUAUAGUAGAUUUAGUCACCUCUGUCAUCAUUCAGAAUGCAUUUGAGAUUGUUUUUAUUUUUGUAACUUUUUACUGUGUACUCUGAUGGCUUGUAUUAGAAGAGGGUAGGCAGGAGCGUAGAUGUGCAUGGAUACAUAUUGCAUGAUAUCUUGGUUCCAGCCCAGAUAAAUACUGUAACUUUCAUUCAAUUACUUAGUUGGCCUACUGCAGUCACACUGUCAGAUGACACCCAACCAUUUUCCCAGAUGAGCAGGUGCAAUUAUUCCGAUUUAGACUAUACAAAUCCAUGCCAUUUAUAUCCAAAACCAUGGGGAUACCCAAACCCUUUUCUACUUUAGUGAACUUUUCUUUGCUUUGGUUUCAUAACGGACAUGCUGUGUUGGCAGGGCCACAUUGUGCUUUUGUUGUUUAAACUCCAACCUUACCAGUAGACACCACACUGUCUGAGGAGUGUUCAAUGUAAGUAUUGUUUUAAAUGCUACUCUAUAUGACCCAUCUAUGCUUUGUGUGAACUUUCUGACAGAAUAGGUUCACAUUGUUCUGUUUCUCAGGUGUUGUUGACUUUUUAUUUCUGUGUUUAUGUGGAACAUAACUGUGAUGUGUAGAUGGGUUGGGAUUGUAUUUCUUCACAGAAAGGCUGAUAUGAGUAUCACUUUGUGAACUGUUUAUUUUUUCCCCGACUUGAGUGAACCACUGGAAGUGAGUACGCUUUGUAGGAGUGUUAUCACGUGUGCUGGUGAAGGAAAUCACGUAGUUUAAUAGGUGAAGAAGUGAAGAUAGUUUUUUUGCCGAGUAAUUGACCUGUUCUUCGGAUGGCCGUCUGGGAAGUGACAGCUGAUACACAAUUAUAGCUCUCCAAGAGGCAUUUCCCUUUUUCAAUUAAAAAAUGUUUGUCACCGCUUAAAUGUUUACAUACCUGACGUCUAUUGCCCUACUUACGGUGGGACUGCACACCACAUAGAGUAUCACCCCUAGCCAGGUCUGGACUGGGACUGAAAAACGGCCCGGGAAUUUGAAACGCAGACCGGCCCAAGACCGUGUAUUAUUAUUUUUUUUUUUUUGGGCAUUAAGCCGUGGCCGUUUGACCGGCCGUUCGGGAAAUCUCCCGACAGCCAGUCCGACACUGCCCCUAGCUACCACCCAUCUCAACUAGUCCAAUAAGAAUGUGUGUAACCACAUUGUAUAGGUACAGCAUUCACUCAGACUCUUUUUAACCCAAAGAAACCAUACACGAUGGUGAGAAUCUUCUGCAAACCUUCUCUCUGUCAUCAAUAAUUGAAUGUGACAUACGACAGCUCCAGGCAGGAAAGUGCGUUGUACCAGCCGACCUUCAGAGUGCCAGUGUUGCUAUCUCCUUUAGCCUCCUGUUACGUCUAGAAACCCAGUCAGUACCAUCACAAGAGAGGAAGAGGAGCACAUUUCUGAACUGCUACAUGUGUGAAAGGAAUCAAAAGCUCAGUGUGGGAAAGAAAGAGAGGUCUGAUGCAAUUCUGACCACUAUUAUUUUGUUUCCCACUUUAUAUGUCACCUCUGUUCAGAUGUACAGUAGAUCUGCGUUAAAUAGGGGCCUCAGUGUGACCAUCUUUGGGGGCAAUGUUGACAACUUGAAUCUUGCUGUACUGUUACACCCACUGUAGAGUCUCUUCUGCUAUGCACCCUAACCUUUCUGUACUGUAUAUAUAUCCGUUUCUAUAUCCAGCACUUGUUCUGAUGUCUAAUUUAGGGAAAACCGUAGAGUGUGGAAAGUCACUAAUGACGAUACGUCCAAUGUAAAAUAAAACUU